AUGUUCCGUAACAGAAGCCAGAUGGAUUUUGGUUCACGAAAUGAGCAACCUGGUGGCCUAAAUCCCGAUACCAAGAAGGUGACCCCAUCCAAGGUGACCAAGAAAAGGGCACCAAAGACCACCCCAAGCCGAUCUCCUACAAAGGGGACCCCGUCGAAGGUCUCCUCCUCUGCCACUCGAGGUUCUAGCGACGACGCGGACAAAUACUUCUUGUGGCUAUGCUUCCUUCACAAUGGCGGAAAGCCAGCUCCGGACUACGGCGAGAUCGGCUCCAAGCUUGGAAUCAACUACAAAGCCGCUACGGGCCGCUUCUACAAACUGCGAAAGUACUUUGAAAAUCUGGAGAAAGCUGGUGACACGAACCAGAAAGAGAAGCAGGAACAUAGCGACACCGUCACGAAGACCGAGUCGGGCAUCAAGGCCGAUGAUCCUGAACUCAAGGAAGAUGAUUCUGGCGAGGAUGUCUAA